AUGGAAGGAGAAGGAUGGAAAGGGGGCUUGGUGGUUGCUGAACACCGGGUGGCCCAGGGCAAUGUACUACGGCUGACAGCAGACUUCCAGGCGUUGCAGGCUAGCGCCGACCUUGCCAAGCGCAGGGCUGAGCGCUGCGAUGCAGCAGAGGCUGAGGCUGCACGGAUGCACGGUGAGAUGGCAAGGCUGCGCUCAGAGGAGCUGCGCCUCCGGGCCUUGGAGACACGAUUUGUUGAGGCUCAAAGCAUCAUGGAAGAAAGCGAGGCUACGGAAAGACGACUGGACCAUAUCAUGCGAAGAGCAGAUGCUGCUGAGCAACGAGCCCAGAUUUCCGAAAGCCGUGCUAAGUCCUUGGAGUUGCAGCUCCUCACCGCAACGACAGACCUUGAAACAUCACAGCUUGCCACACAAGAGGCACAGGAAAGAGAAGCGUCGCGAGCAGAAGAGCUCCGGAGUGCUGAGAUAGAACGUGCUAAGCUGGAGAGUAGGCUAGAGAAGGCAUUGCAAGAGCUUUCAGAUCUGAAAGUCAGCAGCAGCGCAUCAAGCCAACGGGCAGAAUUGCAUGUCGCCGAACUGAACUCGAAGCUGGAUGACAGCCGCCUGCAAUGUGAGCAAAGUUUCGAUCAUCUGAAAGCAGAGCGAAAGAAAAGCCAGGAUGCAGAGCAAGCACUGCUGGCUCUCCAGGAAGAGUUGAUCGCGCUGAAAAACCAGGAUGCAAGCAUGCAUGCCGAACUGCGCGGGCUCCGAGAGGAGCAAGCCAUCUUGCGAGAAGACCUUGCGCAUGCCUGCGCCGCCCGAGAGGCUUCAGAACAACGUGUUGCUCCUCUUGCCGCUGAAGCAUCACGGCAAAGACACGAGGCUUCCAAAGCAGAGCAGGAGGUGAAGUCGUGCCGAUUGGAAAUGGAGGCUACCAGAAUGGCGCACUAUGAGCAGGACCGCGAAGUGCAGAGGUUGAGGGAACGUCUGGCCAUACAAAAUGAUGAGUUGGAGAAGUUACAAACACUUCUGGCGAUGGGUGGCAGCGCAGAUGAUGUAGCUGCGGCUGCAACUUUGACCGCGCAAGCAUAUCUGCGGGGUCCAUCCUUCCGUUUCAGAGAUGAGCUGGCAUUUGCCCGGAAAGAGGCUGGGCUGGGUUCAAAGAGUUUAAUGACCGCUGAUGAGCACUGCGUGCCAGACUCCGCGGAGUGGCUGCCCCGCAUUGCCUCCCGCAGUUGUGAGCUGCCUAGAAUGUCUGAAAUCCAGCUGCAAAUUUGCACGAGCGACCUCCAGUUCACGGAGGCCAAGUGCCAUCGAGCUUUGCCAGCACUGCUGCACCAGAAGGAGAUGAGCUUUAGCCUACGAGUCCGUUCGGAUAUGCAAGGGUACCCAGGGCAUCCCAUCGGGGGCCCACAGUUGACGUUGGGGUUGCCAGCCCCUGCGCUUCCAGGAGAUGCUUCUCCAUGCCACCCGCCGAUGCUACUGGGCAGGUCGCUCUCACACGCCAUAGCUGCAACCCCGAUGGUUCCUCAACCAGUCCCCUCAUCCCCAUCCGGAUUGGUCCACUCGACGUCUCAUUUGAUGAGUAUGGGACUAUCUAUCCCGCAUUCUCAAGCGUCAAUGUUUCAACCAGCUACUUUUCAGUUCACGCUCGACACAGCCGACGCUUCGAAGCCGCCUCUGUCGAAAUCAAGGCAGGUGGAGCCCGUGGCAUGCCAGGUUCCACCUUCGUCCGCGACCAUGCCCCAACAGGCAGGGCCGCCGUCAUUGGCAUCUUCCCAGCCAUCCGUACGCUUCCAGGGUCUUCAGCGCCCUGAGCUUGGUGUGUGCCAGGAGCCGAUGAAUGGUGACGAGCAGCUGAAGCAGUGUAUUGCAGAAUGCCGGAUGGAAGUCGAGGCCAAAGCAGCUGAGUGCCGUGGUCAAGGGCAAAAGUACCUGGACCCAGACUUUCCUGCUGACUCUAGAUCACUUUGGCUAAACCGCGUUUCUCCGUCUGAGCCAUCCUUUCAGAGCUCCGUGGCAUCCUGGCGCCGGUCAGAGCCACAAGGAUCUGGUUCACAGUCUGCUGAGGUGAUCACCCCGGGACCGCUUGGAGGCAUCUACCUGCAAGGUGCGCUAGCCAUGAUGCGAAGCGUUGGCAAAGAUCCCAACGAGUUGAUAGUUCACCGAGACGUUGAUGCGGGCAUUUUCGGGGUCCGCCUUUUCAAGGGUGGACGCUGGAUGUACGAGAUUCUCGACGAUCUUCUUCCAGUCUGUGAGGAUGGAACCAUGCUCAGCAGCUCUUGCGGUGGACAGGAAUGGCCAGGCCUGAUCGAGAAAGCGUACGCAAAGGUGCAUGGAUGCUACGAAGCCGUUGUUCUUGGUACAGAGGAGCACGCUUUGGAGGACCUGUUGGGAGUUGGGGUUGGAAGCUUUGCGGUAGAUGACUUCCCAGUUUGGGCAGAACUCUGGCAGCAUCUCAGGAGCAAGCGCAAAAGAGGAUUUGCUUUGGCCGCGACCCGGAGGCGGGAGCCUGCAGGAGAGGUGCUGACAAGUGGUCUUCUAAGUGGAUGUGCUUAUCCCAUUGUGGCACUGGAAGUUGUCAAUGGUCAUGCAUUGGUGGCGUUGGAGAACCCCUGGUCCAAGGGAUGCUGGAACAGACGUUGGGGGCCGCAAAGUCCAGAGCGACAUGGCCAGCUUCAGCUGCCAGGCUGCCAGCCAUUCUGGAUGAGCAUCCAAGACUUCUGCCAGCACUUCACCGAUAUUGCUCAGGCACGGCUGGUCCCAGAAACUUGGCAAUCUGCUAUGGUUGCAAUGUCAGAGGAGAGGCCAAGUUAUCCACUUGUCUCGGUGUCAUCGCCAACCCAGGCGGUCUUCAUACUCUCGCAAGCUGACCCGCUUCAAAGGAAAGCAAUCUCGCUUGGGCUGCGAAUCUAUCGGUGUCGCAUAGUGGCGCCGCCGCAGCAUGCAACAGGCGUGAAGCAGAAUGUCUCCAACCCCUUCAAACCGCUGGAGCUCGUGGCUGAGAGGCCACUGUCCCAGGCUCGAUCACUGAUGGUGGAAGUGCCAAAGCUUGAGCCGAACUGCCUGUACGUGGCUUCGAUAGUUUCAACACCAGAUGCAGUUCCGGAUUCGGUUCUGCGCGUGCUUACAGCGUCGCCCAUGCGUUUUCGCGAGCUCUCUUUGCCAGAGUCUGCGUACUUCCUGCAGGCUGAAGAGCAGCUUGCAGCUUCUCGACCCCUGUUCUCGAUCGACACUGACAGCUUCUCAUCUGAGGGAUCGGUGGAGCCAUCGGUUUCGACUGCCAAGGAUCCCACGCGACCCGGAGCGGAUGGCUCAGGGACAGAAGGUUGGCAAGGUUCGGCUUCCGAUGCCUGGCCAGAAGUGGACUACCUUGGCUUGGGCGAAAUCAAGCUGCCUCCGUUAAUCCAGGAGAUCCUGAAUCAAUGCUCUGGCAUCGACUGCUGA